AUGUCGCUUGUCUGGAUGUUUGGAGGCAACGUCGACAUCGAAUUAGUUCGAUCGGAAUUUGGAAAGUUGAUCAUCAAGUUCCCUCGCUUCAAAUCCAUCGUACACGGUGGAACAUUCUGGUCUCGGCAUAUGUGGCAGGAAGUUGAGAAUUUUGACGUGUGCGCUAAUAUCGAAACACGAAAUCUAUCAUUUGGUACAAUUGAAGAAUUGAAAGACUGCGUAUCCAAGUGUAUAUCGGAAAAGAUGGAUUUCGAUAAACCGUUGUGGAGGGCAUACGUUAUCUACGGACUGGAAGGUGGAAAACGUUCGGCAAUGGUCAUCAAGGCUCACCAUUGCAUUGCCGAUGGUCAAGGAUGUAUGCGCGCAAUCAUGAGUUUGACCUUGGAAGGUAGUGAACUGUUAUCAGACAUGAUAAAGUUUUUUAAAGACAGGAUGACACCACCACCUAAACCCAAACCCUCGGAAUUACCGUUAUUAAGACAUCGCGCGAUUAAGUCGCAUGUAGACAGAAUACCCGAAUUUUUAUUUGUCCCCUAUGUUCUCUUAUUGAAUGCACUUUACAUUCUGUGGUUACUCUUUAAUGAAAUUGGGGUAGGCAUCGUAAAUCAAGUUAAAAUAGGGAAGAUGUCUUUAAUGAGAAAAAAUCUGGUAUACCGAGAGAGCGGGAAGUUAGAAAGGACGAUGAGCUGGACGAAAGAGUUAAAGAUAACCGAUAUUUCGAUUCCGCGAAAAGCCUAUGGAGUUUCACUUAAUGAUGUCAUGGCAGGUAUCAAUGCACUUAUUAUGACAAUUAUUACUCGCGCCAUACGUGCAUACUUUUCUGAGAUCAACCGUGUGUUGGAUGAUGAACUGAUGAUGUUCAUCCCAAUGUCUAUGCGCGUUGCAACAGAUUGGGAAUGCAACAAUGCGUCCACAGGUGAAUGGAGCUUUAUCUCAAUGAAAGAGCAGACCAUCAAAGAAUCGAUAUUGCAUGUUCACCGAGAGAUGAAGAGAUUGAAAAGUAGUUUAAUCGCAAAACUCAGAUAUAUCUUCCUUAGCAAUUGGCCAAUUCCUGGAAUUUUUAACAAGAGACUAAUGACAGCUAUGGAAGAAGUUGGACACGGAGUGAUCACAAACGUUCCUGGGCCUAUGCAUUCUUUGACCUUUGCCGGACAAAAGAUAGAACAUUUCACAGUAACACCACCUCAAAACUGCCCUGGCGGUUUCGCAAUCGGUAUUAUAAGCUAUGAUGGUAAAAUAACGUGUUCAGUUCACAAUGACAAGAUGCCCAACUAUCCAAACAUUUCAACGCGUGUAACUGAAUUGAUAAACGAAGAAUUCGAAGCAUUGUUGGAAGAAUCUAGAACUGAAUUGAAAAAACGGGAAUUAACUUUGCACGAAAAGAAGGAACCGAAUUUUAUAAUGUAUACUCGCUCUGCUAGUUUUAGAAUUUGGUUGACGGUGGUCCAGGCAGGAAGGAGAUCAAAAACCGGAGUCGAUGUGAAUUCCAUCGGAGAAGCGAACAUCAAUGCAGAGAGAAGACGACGUGUUCUUCGUCUUCGUCGAUCUUUGACAUACCCUUAUGAUACCACCGCUUCUUUCGGUCAAACCAAAUCUGCUGUCAACCGUCGUUGUGAUCGAUGCGCUAUGAACAAUGGUUACGUUAACAUGCUAAGCGUCAGGAUCAACCAUAUAGAGGAAUUGGUUGAAAAUCUGAGUAAAAUCGUAUCUUCCAAAAGUUACAACAAAAAUACUUCUCAUGAAUCGGAGGCCGUGGACUUUUCUAAAAUGAAUGUCGAUGAAUUGAUUUCCUUUUCCAAUAAAUUGAGUGCGAGUUUGUUUGGGAAUAAUUCCAUCAAAAAGGAACCAGAGGAUGAGGUUGCGUCCAAAGUAAAUAAUCGCAUGGACAUUAAUGCCAUCAUUAACAAUAGAGACAAUUGA